GGCUACGGGAGCAGGUCUGUGCCAAGUCUGCGAGCCAGGUUUGCUGUAUACUACGUACAGUAGUUAUAAUGACACCAGCCCUCAGAGAGGCAGCAACAAAAGGUCAUGGUAUCCACUUGUCACCUUCUUUGUCCUCUAGAGCUAUGGAGUCUGAUACAACUUUGUGCAUGGAAAAUUCCAGAGCCGUGGAAGAGGCGAUACGAGAGGAUCCCAUCGCACGGAUUGCGUGCUCAGUCCUGGGGUUCCCCACGGCUGAGCCCAGCCUCAGGAAUGACCUCUUCAGUGGGCAGCACUUUGGUUCUCCACAGUCCUCCAAGCACUAUCAGUCUGUCUUGUUAAUGAGUACCAGUUCUGCAUUUAGCAACAAGAGUGGUAAGCAGAGGCAAACUGGAGAGCCCGACUGCUCCAAGAUGAGGAAUUCCCUAUGUAAUGGUGCUGAUACAUCAUUCAGGCAGAUUAGCCCUUCACAACCUGAGCAACAGGUCAAGGGGGAAACUUUUCCAGGCACCGCGUCUCCAAAUUUGGCAGAAAUGCAAAGACUUUUGGAUUCAACUGCAACCGAAUCCAGCAGCACAAAAACACAACUUUUAAGUGGUAAAUGGUACAGAAAGAAUGGGGUUUUGGGUAGGGCUCUGGAAGCCUGUGCUGAAAAAAGAAAGGGGGAUUUAUUACACCAAAUUCUUCAUGGGCCUGCAGAAGGGAUUUUGAGUUGCACCAGGGAUGAGGUGUAUGAUCGUUUGCUCCAGUGUGUCACUAAGCAACAAAUUGAGAUCAGCCGCGCCAAAAGAACUCAGAAACGUUUACAAAUGCUCCUGGCAAAGCAUGUUAUCAAGCACUGCGAUCAGCAGCUGAAAUGCUUUGUGAAACAUCAACUACAAAGAAUGAAGGUUUUCCAUGAACCAACCAGAUUUUCGGACGGUGGCUCCCUUAGGUGCGCUGAGGGUUGGCCAGAAAGUAAAACAGCUACUUUGGCGGAUAGUAGAAGUAAAGACGUACAGAGCAGCGUUUGCAUUGCGCCAGGCGAAAUCCGGGGAUUUGCACUUGCUGCCGGAGGGCUGCUCUCUCGUGUGGAGAAGGAUCUGGACUCUGACGCAACGUGUAGCAGCUCGGACGAAGACUGUGAGGAGCAGACUGCAAGAAUGCCCAUGGAAGCCAGCUAUACUUCUGAAUGGAAGUGGCUUGCAGACAGAGCUAGAGUUGGCUGCCGUUGGACAUGGCUUCAAGCCCAGAUUUCAGAACUAGAAUACAAAAUCCAACAACUAACUGACCUUCACAGGCAGAUACGUUCCACCAAGGGGAUGGUGGUCUUAGAAGAAUUCCCAUUUCCAAAAGACAUUUUGAAGAAGCAAAUACAAUUGAGAGAUCAAGAAGCUUUAUUAAACGCCACAGGGAAUUCGCAAGCUGCCAUUGAGAGACGGGAUUCUUUGCCGGAGCACGAUUUUGAAAUGUCACCCAGCAGUCCUACCCUGCUUUUACGAAACAUAGAAAAACAGAGUGCGCAGCUGAGUGAAAUCAUCAGCAGCUUGAUUGCUCCACUCAAUCUGUCCCCAGCUUCCUCUCCUCUUUCAUCCAAAACUUGUAGACACAGACAGCUGGUCAAUGGCAUCUCCUUCAGAGCUUCAGACAACAGAGAAGUAUCGUCUUCGAGUAGCUGGUUGCUUGAUCAUCAACACAUCAAGAAAAGAAGAAGAGACAAGACCAGAUUAAGAUCGCUGUCUGUGACUAACCUGAGCACAUCUGCCCGAACGAGGCCACUUCAUAGUUUCCAGAAGAGGAAACUCUACAGAAUGCCCGGGGCCUGUUACUGGAGUCAGCAGACUUUGCCAUCUCGAGACGUCUCCUUGACAUGUAAAACUCAGUUACCGUUUAUGGCUGCGGCCUCCCCUUCAAGCCAGAGUGACAGUGCAGCAUCCAAGAUAGUAGAUUAUGUACAAGAGCUGGACUCUUCUUUCCAUCCAGUCUUAUCAUUCCCUUCAGAUAUUCCUCUUCAUGUGUAUUUUGAAACGUUGUUAAGAAAGGAUGACGUUAAAGGAGAGUCUGCUGAUGCAGCAUCUCCGGGGACGGACCUUAAAAUGUCUCCACACAAUGACUAUAGUCAACAUCAUGUUUCUCUCAAGCAAUGGAGCAGUGACUCUUUUUAUAAUUCCAAGUGUCAGUCAGUGUCGGGAACAGCUGACCAGGUCUCAGAGGGAAGAAAGAAAAGGCACCUAAGUGAGACAGCAGUGGGCGAACAUAGCACUAGGUUUGAGACGUUUUCCUUUCAACAUGCAGAACCAGAAUCCCACAGCAGGUUCGCUGCGGUGUCCGGCGUCAGUGCGAUGGCCAGACCCACCCACAGCACUUCAUCACAGCAUAACUCGAGGAGGAGGUUGAGAAGUGAGAGCUCCUACGACAUAGACAAUAUUGUUAUUCCCAUGUCACUGGUGGCACCUUCGAAGCUGGAGAAACUACAGUAUAAAGAAAUCCUUACCCCAAGCUGGAGAAUUGUUGAAUUUCAGCCUUUGGAAAGAUCCCCUACGGAUGAAGAUGAGCUAGAGGAUCUGUCGGAUGAAGUUUUUGCCUUGCGUCACGCCAAGUACGAAGAGCGGGAGCGCGCGCGGUGGUCGCUGUGGGAGCAGAGCCGCUGGCCCAGGAGGAACAGCAGGUCGUACAGCAAAAACGCUGAUGGGCGACACAGCCAUGAUGCGGUGCAGAGAGACGUGCAGGGCAGCGCUCCCGACCCUGCUCCCGAGCCAGCGCACGAAGCCCACGGGGCUCCUUGUUCAGGGAUCACACAGCCCUGCGGGGAGAGCCAGGAAGCAAAGUCUGGACUGUGGGAACCUCGAGUUUUUCCACUAAAAGAUGAAGAGGUAGAAGCUUUACUGUGCCAAGAUCAAGUAACGAAUCCAACUGAAAUGUCAAGUGCAGCUUUCCCCAGCGACUCUCUCUGUACUUCUUGUACACCCACUGCUUUGCCAGACAAGGGCCAUCUACCAAAAAAACAAUCCACAGAAGAGCCAGAAGACUGCGAAAAUGUUUGCCUGGGAGUCAGCAACACGAGAAAACAAAGGUGACAGGGAAUAAUGUGGUUCAUUAAGAAAGCCAGAUAAGGUGGAGAAAAGUGUAAGGUAAAAUCUCUCUUGUUCACACAAGAUAUGACAGCACAAUUCAAAACCUGUACGUUAGCCGCACAUAAUAUAUUUUCUUUCUUGCUUUGUAACAGGCAGGAUAAAUCCCAAAGACAACACUUUCUUCUUCCUGAACCCCAAGAGAAAGUAAUUAUUUCAAGCUGGAAGUCUAAUAUUCCCAAUGUCGGGAGUGGGCGCACAUAAAUUGCUGGCACCAUUCACUGCCUUCUGUUGUCAUAUUGCCACAUUUGUUAAUAAUCAUCAUCCUUUUGUUUUGCUUGUAUUCAAUGCCGUUUGGUUCUAGUGGAUCCUGGUACAACAGGAUAUGCUGUCCACCUUAAAAAAUUUCAACUGAACACAGAAAAACUACAUGAAAAAAAUACAGAGAAGGGACAAUUUCCUGAUUAUUUUCUUGUGUGGCAUGAACUUGUGGCAAAAAUCUGCCUCCUUUAAAUGCAUGUGUGUAAUCCGUGCAUACUAUAGGGAUAGGUGAGAACCAUAAGUUUAAAGCAGGAGUUCUGGAGGCCUUGCAUCUAGCUUAAAAUGUUACUCAGCUCUCAGUAGUGCCAGGGCAUGUUUCAUAUAGAUGUCCUCAAGCAAUAAGAUAGACAUAGUCCACUGUAUUUCAAUAGUUGAUAUAUCUGCUACUCCAAAAGUCAUGUUUCUGUUUGUCAUGUGGGUGUAGAGAACCAGAAGGAAGGAGGAGUCAAGGCAAAUCAGUGAUGCAGCUCUUUUUGAACCUCGUUUUGGGUCAUCUUGCUUCCUUAGACCUUCAGGCGCAAAUGAGACUCAGCAGUUUGCUUUUAAUAUUUUAAAGACACAGUCUUGUUCAAAUUUCUGUGCAGUGCCUUCCAAGAGUCUCGUGAGUAAGCCAACAUUUGGUGAGUAGCUGAAAAGAGGCUUGAUGCCUAGAAGACCAAUAAAGAAUCAAAACCCAAAACUUUCCAUUGUGAGUGGAGAUAAGAUGUCUAAUUUCCCAGACAGUUCACAGUGAGGAAACAAAAGCCAGUUGCUUAAACUUGCAUCUAAAUAGCCUUGUUUGGAAUGUCUCUGCAAUGGCAAGAGAUGCUAACAAAGAUUAAGCAUCAAUGUAAGGAUAAUGAGUCAAGUUUUUCUGUGGAGAACAGUUGAAGGCAAUUUUAGGAGUCUCUGUUUUUGUGCAAAAUUUUUUUCCACUUGAAUAUAUGGAACUGAAUGGCACUGGACAGAUGACCCGAUUUUAAUGUCAAUACCUUUUUCCCUCUCCCCCCCCCCCCUUUCUUUUUUGUCAAAAUGACAGGAAAUAUACACUGGACAUCUGAAAACAGUUCAGUAAAGUUUCAACACUACCACCUAUUGCUACAUUGUAGUUCAUUGCACAUUCUGAUUAUUUUUUAAACACUUUUUUAACACUGGUUUGUCUUAAACUUGAAUCUUGCUUCAAUGUCUGAUACAAUAAUCUUUGAUGCAAGGUUGUUUUUUUAAUUAAAAGUUAUUUCUAUA